UCUCAGAGUCUUGAGUCGCCCUCUCUUGAUUUAAAUUGAAGAGGUUGUUAAUACAGCAUCUUCGUUCAUCCGGGACUUUUUAAGUGGCCGCCCUCCAUGAUGCUUCUGGCGUGCAUGGUUACCCUGUGUGAAUGGUGAUUGUCCUCCUAAGACUAUACCAGUUAUCACCUAGGUGUGUACACAACAAUAUUUUAUAAGGUACCGGCUAUUGAACUUCUUCACUGGUCAGACCAUAAGGCUGAGGAUGGCGUUUUCUUUUUCAAGAAGGCUUAUAAUUAUGGUUUUACUGUUAUUGAUUGGUUACUUCCUAGUAUUGAUCAUAACUGAACCGAGCCGCUCUCCUUUAGAAGUGUCAUCGGCUUCUGGACUUUAUUCAUCUAAAUCAUGGCCAGCUUUUGUAGGCGUGAAUGCCACAUCCAGCCAAAAUAGUAUGGUUUUGUACCCAGGCAGUAUGUCAUUCCAGAAACAGACUACCAGCUUGCAUUGGAAAACAAAAACAAACAAUGAUACCAAAGUUUUCUUCAUUCGUAUUCCUAAAACUGGAAGCCGAACAUUAGAUGAUCUAGUAACACAUCAGCUUCGACAGAAACAAUACAAGUGCUUCAAACUCCAGCCUUCAACGCACCUCAGCAAGUCAAGUUUUCAGGGAAGCUUUCUACUAUCAUUAUCUUCAAACUGUGUGGACGACAAAAUACAUUUCAUCAACAAUCAGAAGGGAAACUGCUUCUUUUCUGCACAUUUUGGAUAUAUCAACUAUGAAUGGCCAAGUCCCCCAAUGGUUAUCAGCCUGGUCCGUGACCCAGUGGAAAGACUCAUGUCUUCAUAUUAUUACAGCAUGUACGGUGAUAAUGAGAAAUCAGCAGCCACACUCAGCUAUGUCAAAUCAAUGCGCUCUAAAAUGGCACAGGCAAUGGGUGGAAACACUACUGUACCGACCCUGAGUGAGUGUAUUUUGCAAGACCUGCCGUUCUGUACAGAUCAUAAGAGACUUUUUACGACCUUAAAGUAUUUCUGCGGGAACGAUCUACGAUGCAGUAACUUGAGUGAAUGGACAUACAACCAAACCGUGAAAAACAUUGAUGCUUCACUUGCCGUAGGAUUAACGGAGGAAUUUGAGGACUACUUGCGUGUUCUAGAACAGCUUGUACCAUCUUUGUUCGAGGGGUUGGUAACAAUCUACAAAAAACCAAGCUCUGUAGAAGCUGGAAAAACAUAUGCAACAAAAACGAAGCAUCACAAGGAACCAUUGACACCCCAGGCUCAGGAAAAAUUACUCCACGUACUUCAGAUGGAAUAUCGUAUUUACAACUACAUCAAAAACCGCUUUCACCAACUGAAGAAAGAACUUGGUGUAAUUUAAAGCUUGAUUCUUUACCUUUGGUAGUUGGUACCCACUGUCUGUUUAAAACCUUUCUAAGUGUAGAUACAUGUAUAUACCAUAAAAGUAACCUGAUCUUUCAUUCCAAAGCGGGUAGCAAGUAGUGUAUAUUGCGUAAUGAAACACAUUUUCUGAAGAUAACCCUCAGUCAUGAUUCAUUAUGUCUUUGAUUGCACCGAAAGAGUGAGUUUUCUCCAAGCGUAUAGUUUAACUACUGGAUUGGUCAAAAUAUCACAAGGUUGUUUAUGUUUUAAGGGCUCAUAACGAAAGGAACUACAUGUAUAUAUUAAACAGUACGUGUAAUCACAAAUUUACAUAAUCGCUGUGCUUUAAUAGAUCUACUGGCUAUGAUAAUGAUCAGACUUGGAACUGCAAACUUAACAGUUGUCGUGAUUAAAUUAACUUAUAACUAAAGAAGGCUUAUAUACAUUUAUGAUUUGGUAUGUAUUAUGUCUAGUCUUAUGUCAUGUGUUUUUAUACACUGAUAUGAGUUUACAAUUCUUAAUCUUUUUUGUGUUUAUAUAUUUGUACUAUUUUUUUAUAACAAAGGGAUUAGAUAAACGUGUGAUUUGGAGAUACAUGUAGUGGGAAAAAGUUAACAAACAUUAAUGGGAAGACAACAUAAAAUAAACAUAGCCUUCAUUUACUGAGUGCUCCUGAGGAGUAAUGAAAAACUACCCCCGCAUCCGUUGGAUCUACUUAAAACCGCACUUCCGUACGGGAGAAACAAGUACGAAACAAGAACAGUACAUUAAUUGGGGUUUUUACCCAUACAUCGAUGUGUGUUAGCACUGUAUACUCAGUACUCGGUAUACAGUGCUAACACAUCGGU